CCAAAUCCGGUUUCGGGUUCAGGUCAAACCCGUUAGCGCUCAUACUUGAGGUCGAUCAUUUCCAUCGACGAAGGCAGCGGUAACAAGCUCGGUGGCGGCGAUCGACGGCGGAGGAUGAGCCUGAAGAGCCUCUUGUCGGCGGUGGCCCUCAAAGGGGUGACGGAGGCGCGUGCGGCGAUAUUCGGUCACGUGCUCAACCCCACAGGGAAGCGUUCGCCCCAUAAAAUUCUAAGAAAGAAGCUGAUCGGAGAUAAAGUUGCUCAGUGGUACCCGUACGAUAUCAAGAACGAGGAUCGCGAUGUCUUGGCUCGUGAAGAGAAAGAGCGAUUGGCUAAACUUGAAAUGCUGAAGCGUCGAGGAAAGGGCCCACCGAAGAAGGGCCAUGGAAAGAGGGCUGUCAAGCGCAACAAAUAGAAAAAUCUUAUUCAUCGUUGUCAUCAUCCUAUAGGGAUCUUUUCUUCUUGAACUUCAUCAGAUCUUUUUUGUUUAGUUUUGAAGAUGCUUUUGGCAUUAGACAUGAUUAGUACCUCCAUAUCAACUUGCAUUGUAGCAUAACUUGAUAGUUGACUUUUCUCUGGUAAUUGCAGUUUGAUAAAUUGGGAAGUAAGAAUUUGAAAUGACCUUCUGAACAGUGUUUAGGUUGGAUUGUUAUUGUUCUCUGCUUUGAGGAAGAGCAAGAAUGCUGAGUUAUGCUUGAAAGAUA